CUCGGGGAGCUCACUUGCAUACCAACCAAACAGGGGGGUGCCGCUGCAACUUCAAGACAUGAGACACUUGCGCUACCUACUUUACUGAAAAUUCUUAUGAACUUGAACAACCAUUUUACCAAAAUCGCACUGUGCUCUAAAAGGCGACAGGAACAAGGCCACUCAAUAAUGCCAGAGGGGGCGCAAUAUUGACUGGUUUUUUUAUGGCCCAAAGUGUUCCGUUCGGUCACGAACCAAAGAUGCCAUAUGUAGACUGCGACUGUGAGAUAACUGUUGGCGAUAUUAAUCACCUACCUGGUCCCAUUAAUGAAAAACGCAAUCAAGAAUAUAAGGAUAAAGCCAUAGAAACAAUUUUAUCAACACGGUCAAGCACUCUUCGGAAUGCAGAAAUUGUAAUUUCGUUAAAAGACGACCAAGAAGAGUACGUACUAUAUGCAGGUGGCAGAGCUAAUAAAUUUGCCAUUUUUUAUCAAAAUUCUGAAGUGGUAUCUUAUCAAAGAGAAAAAAGUUGGUGGUUAACUCUCAGGGAAACAGCUUCCAGUGUCUUUUCAUGGUUUAAAGACAACGCCGUUCCAAUCGGGGGCCCAUUAAUGUUCUUCUUUGCAAAAAAAGCAAUUGGCUACAAAUAACAUGUAAAUGACAAUCAUUUACAAAGUCAUGCACUAUAAUCAUAGUUCAUAUGUUUUAAUGCACAUAAUUCAUUUAUCGAUAAGGGUAUAAAAUACUUUGAUGAAAAUCAUGAAAGAUAGACAAUAAUCAUAAUAAUAAUAAUAAUAAUAAUAAUAAUAAUAAUAAUAAUAAUAAUAAUAAUAAUAAUAAUAAUGGUGAUAAUGAUAAUAACUGUAAUAAUGAUAAAAAUUUUAAUUGUGGUUAUUAUUAUUAUUAUUGUUAUUAUUAAAAACAAUAAUAAAAUAAUAAUAAUUAUAACAAUUGUAUGAUUUUUCCUCUUGAGUGUGUGGAACCCUAACAUUUUUUGUUCUCUUUUUUUGUUUUUCAUUAUCUUUAAAUAUUGUAGGCCUUCUAUAAUUUAAAAUUUUUCUGAAAAUGAAUGAAAUGAAUGAAAUGAAUGAAAUGAAUGAAAUGAAUGAAAUGAAUGAAAUGAAUGAAAUGAAUGAAAUGAAUGAAAUGAAUGAAAUGAAUGAAAUGAAUGAAAUGAAUGAAAUGAAAUAUCGCAUUAAAACAAAAAAGCAAUGAGGAAAAGACAAUUAACAGAAGUCAAAAGGACCAUUGGAACAACCACUCCGAUUGUCUGCAAUAUGAUACACACUUGAGGCCUCGCUAUUUAGCCCCCUCAUUCAUUAAUAGAAUUUAAUUUUGCUUUCGGUGGUAAAGAAAACGGUCCUUCAAACGACGAUAGCAAUAAUAGGUAUAAAGGAUAACACUAGCAAUAGAGAUAGAGUAUAAGUCUAGGGUGAAAUAUAAAUUUAUUUUAGCGAUUAUUGUAAGUUGAUCGAUAUAAUUUGCAGCAAUAAAAUGUUUUAUUUACUUUGAUUGUCCAUAA